GGCUGCCGAGCCCCGCCGCCGGAGCCACGGCACCGCCGCAGCCCGCGGAGGGCUCUGCCUCGCUGCUCUUUAUUUGUUUUACCUCCCCUCUUUCUUUUUUGUCUGGGGUUUCUUUUGGGUGAUUUUUUUUUUUUCCUCAAAAAAAAAAUUAUUUUUUUUAAUCGCAUUUUUUUCACCCCCCUCUUCUCCUCGUCUCUCGCCCGGGCUCUGCGGAAGGAAGAGCCCGCGCUGCCCCGCGGCCGGAGCGCCCCGCGCCCGCCCAGAGGGGCCCCGCGGAUGUGCGGAGCUCCCCCCGGAGCCCUCCCGCCGCCUCUUUGUCCUCACCCACCUACAAUCUUUUUUUUUUUUUUUUUUUUUGUUUUUUUGAAAUUUUUUUUUUUUAAAGCAGACCUGAGCAUCACCGGGGGCUGGGAGGGUGGGGGGCCCCGCGGCGCUGCCAGACCUACCCCUGCCCAUCGCUCUUAAGGAACUCUCAUGGCUUCACGGCUGCAGACAAGUUGCCGUGCAUCGUGCUGGACUAUCGGAGUUUGCAUCCUGGCAGCCGCGCUCCUACCAGGGCUGCAAGCUCAGACUGUCUUGGUCAAUGACUCCGUCUCGGGGUUCAUCGGCACGGACGUGGUGCUGCACUGCAGCUUCACCAACCCGCUGCCCAUCGUGAAGAUCACCCAGGUGACGUGGCAGAAGGCCACCAACGGCACCAAGCAGAAUGUGGCCAUCUACAACCCCGCCAUGGGCGUGUCCAUCCUGUCCCCCUACAAGGAGAGGGUGACUUUCCGGAACCCUUCCUUCAAGGAUGGCACCAUCCAGCUGUCCCGGCUGGAGCUGGACGAUGAGGGCGUUUACAUCUGUGAGUUUGCCACCUUCCCAACCGGCAACCGGGAAGGGCAGCUGAACCUCACCGUGCUGGCCAAGCCCACGAACUGGAUGGAGGGCACCAAGAAGCCGCUAAUUGCCAAGUCUGGCAGGACAGAAAAGAUCUUGGUAGCCACCUGCACCUCCUCCAACGGGAAACCCCCCAGCACCGUCACCUGGGACACGAAGCUGAAGGGGGAGGCGGAGUUCCAGGAGAUCCGGAACAGCAACGGCACCAUCACGGUGAUCAGCCGGUACCGGCUGGUGCCGAGUCGCGAGGCGCACCGCCAGCAGCUCAUGUGCGUGGUCAACUACCAGCUGGAGAGGUUCACCGACAGCAUCACCCUCAACGUGCAGUAUGAGCCAGAAGUCACCAUCGAGGGCUUUGAUGGCAACUGGUUCCUGAACCGCAAGGACGUGAAGCUGAUCUGCAAAUCUGAUGCCAACCCCCCAGCUCACACCUACGAGUGGAAGCUGCCAAACGGGACCCUGCCAGGGAGUGUGGAAAUCCAGAACAACACCAUCUACUUCAAAGGGCCAGUGUCCUACAGCGUGGCUGGCACCUACGUCUGCGAGGCCACCAACGCCAUCGGGACACGCUCGGGCCUGGUGGAGGUCAAUGUCACAGAAUUUCCCUACACCCCGUCUCCAAUCGAUGAUCACAAAUCCAUGGUGCAGCCGAACAUCCCCACACCGGUGAUUGGGGGCAUAGUGGGAGGCGUCUCGCUGGUCCUGCUGGUGGCCGUGGUGCUCUUUGUGGUACUCCGGCGCCGGCGUCACACCUUCAAGGGUGACUACAGCACAAAGAAGCACGUGUACGGCAACGGCUACAGCAAGGCUGGCAUACCACAGCACCACCCCCCCAUGGCCCAGAACCUCCAGUACCCCGAUGACUCGGACGACGAGAAGAAGCCGGGCCCCUUGGGCGGCAGCACCUACGAGGAUGAGGACGAGGAUGCGGGAGCAGAGCGCAAGCUGGGCGGCUCCAAAGCCUACGAGGAGGAUGCCAAGAGGCCUUACUUCACCGUGGACGAGGGCGAGGCCCACCCCGAACCUUACGACGAGAGGACACUCGGCUUCCAGUACGACCCCGAGCAGCUCGACCUGGCCGAGAACAUGGUGUCGCAGAACGACGGCUCUUUUAUUUCCAAAAAGGAGUGGUACGUGUAGCUCCAGGCCCCUCUGCUACACUCACACACGCUCACACACAACCCCUCCCUCCCCUGCAUCCCUCCGAGCACACCCACGCACGCCCCGGCCCCGCACAGACUUUUUGGAUGCUGGGGGCCAGCGGGGAGGGAGAGCCCCUGGCUUUGCUUAGGGAUCAUUUUUUGGGGAGGGGGGCGGGGCUCUCGUGCGGGAGGGAGGGCGGGAGGUCGGGUAAUUAUUUUCUCUCGGUUUUGGUUUGGCUUUUUAAUUUCUCUCUUCGACGACUUUCGUCCCCUUCUGUGGUGUUUGUAUUGGUCGGUGGCUUAGGUGUUACUCUUUGCUUUAACGACUGUUGCCCAGCCUGUAUAUUACACUCUGUUUGUGUCUUCAUGUCUCAGAGUGCCCUUCCCUCCCCGAGGCUUCCUCCUCCCACUCCCACCCCCCUGAAACACUGGAAAUUUGUUUGUAUGUUGUCUUCUUUGUUUGUUUUUUAACCUUGGGAGGGGGGGCAGGUGGGCUGUCCGUAGGACAGAGGCCAGGAGAGUUUUAUGGCAAUGGAAACAUAGGUGCCAUUAUCAGGUGAAUGGAUUUUGGGUUUUUUUCCCCUAAUCACUUUUUUUUUGUUGGUUUUUUUUUUUGGUGGGGUCUGGGUGACAUUCCCAUUGCCUGCUGCACACCUGGAGAGAACCACACUCAGUUUUUAAUGACUCAAUAAAAGGAAAAUGAGGAGAAAAGGGGGAAAAAUUCACCCUAGACCAAACCCCAGGUGUAGGGGCUGAUAGCAGAGCAGGGAAACAAAACUGCCAUUUUCCUCCUACAGUUUAUUAUCGCCUGGCUUUUCAUUUUUCUGUCUUUGUUUGAGUGUGCUUUUAAACGAAAGAAAAGGAGUAUUUAUUGCUGACACUUUCCCCCCUGUGAUGGCUCAGAGAAAGGCUGGCUCUUUUUGUUCUUGUUGCUGUUGUUGUCGCUGGUACCAGCCACAGAGCAGUUCACUGGGGCACCACUGUGCCGGGCACAUCCACUGGGGAAGGGACCAACUGAGGACACUUUGCUUCCACACAUUCACUGCCUUCAGCCACGCUCUGCACACCCAGGCAGGGCAGGACCAGCCCCUGAGGUUUAUUUUAUUAUACCACUAAGACUUAAUUGUCAUGUGUUUACACUUUAUUUUUUAUUUUGGUCAGAGCACGGGGGUGCUCUUCUCUCUCUCUCUCUCCCUCUCUCUCUCUCUCUCUCUCUCUCUCUCCCCUAGCAACAGCCCCAGCCCGUGGCUGCACCACGUAGGUGGCAUCGAUUGCCACUUUUCCAAUAUCACAUCCCUCUCCUGAGCACAGGCUUGGCAGACAGGGUAGGAGGGAUUGAGCCUGGGGUAUUGAUCUUUCCCUCCUUGCCCUGAGCCACGGCGUUGUGCUGGGGAGGUUUGGAUUGCUGCUAUCUCUGCUCUGUGAAUAAAUGGGAUUCCAGACUUCAGGGCCCUCUGUCUCACACCGACCAUCUCCAAAUUAGAUUCACUGGGUUGGGGCUUAUUUUUCUUCUUGUGGGUUAUAAAUUUUUUUUUUUAAAUUCGAUGUAUAAAUAAAUCUUUUGUUUGAAAAGAAAUCCCCAGUUUUCUGAGCUGUAUUAUCAUGCACAUCUAAAAAUAGCAGGACUAAUUCUCCUCCUGCCUUACCCGCUGGGUUUUGUUCCACAGCGGUUCUCCUGCUGCAGAAAGGGAGGAGGCUGGAGAGGCAGACCCACACAGAUGAGUCAAGGUCAGAUCUCUGAUCCAGGCAGCCUCCAAAGCUUUCCUUUCCUGUGAGGUGCUCGGUGCAGACCUCAGCCUGAGCCAUCCCCAGCGUGCUCUGAUUGCAUUAGUGGGGUAGGGCAGUGGGCAAUCCAAUUGUAGGGCUGUAAUCUCUCUGCUGUUCCUGCCAGCCCCUCAGGCUUCCUGGCUUCUGGCACCACUGCCACAUGCCACAGGAAGGCUGCUCUGUGUCCUCCCAGAGCCAGGACAGGCAGAGUCCCUUGAUAGCCACAUGCCACAGGAAGGCUGCUCUGUGUCCUCCCAGAGCCAGGACAGGCAGAGUCCCUCGACAGCCACAUGCCACAGGAAGGAUGCUCUGUGUCCUCCCAGGUCCAGGACAGGCAGAGAUUCCCUUGGGAUCCCUCAGGCUGAACCACCCCAGGUCCAUCCACUGCCACCAGGAGCACCCUGCUAGCAGGAAAGCCCCCAAUAAAGGGACUAAAACCUCUUAACAUCUCUCCAGAGCUCUGAUUAGUGAUGAUUAGGGGUGGGAAUGACUUCCCUCCAGUGCCUUGGGAGAGCAGCACACACAGGGCUUUGAUUCCCCCAGAGGGAGAGCCUGUGAUCUGGCUCAGUGUGUGGUGCAGGGAGAAUUCCCAACAAAGUCCAUCUCUGGAGUGAAUAAUCCUUUAGAUCUGAGCCCCAGAGGCAGGCUGGGAGCAGGAUGGUGGCAGUGCAACACCAAGCUCUGGGCAGGCAUCAGCAGGCACCUGUGAGAUGAGUGGCACAGACCCUGCCCUGCAGAUUUCCCCCAGCCCAGGCACACCCUCUGAGGGCAAGAAAACAAUCUUUUAUAAAAUCAUCAGGGUCCUGCAGUGAUUCUUCACCUUGAGGCCACUGCUCAGGUGUGGACAAUUCCCACCAGGCUGACCCCACAGCUCUGUGUCCUAAAGAGCAAAGGUGCCAAGGCUGGCACAAGGGCCUGGGAGAGGUCAGGGCUGCUCCCAGACUCAGGGGUGGCCAAAGGAACCCUAAGAAAUCUGCUUUGGGAGUAGUUAGCUUGCCUUUGAAGGUGUCAUUUUUGGAGCUGCAGCCUCCUUGGAUUAUUUAUUGCCCAUUCGCACAAUGUCACUGAGGGCUCACAAUCCCAGUGGGAGCAAGGGAAAGGAAAGCAGAGAGUGGAGCAAAGUGGGAUUUCCAAGCUAGAGCCUGAACACCAUUCCCUUCCUGCUGCAGCACUUUUUCCUGCCCUUUUUGCACCAGCCCAAAUUUAGGCCUUAGCUCAGCCACUUACCUGCUCAGAGUAGCUCAGAAAAGGGGUCAGAUGAUCAUUUUUCACCCAGAACCUGGAGUGGAAGAUCCUUAGACAGCGUUGCCUGGCACAGCAGCGAGGCACCCUGCGAGUUCAAGGCUCAGUGGUGCAUUUCUCUCAUCCUUGAGCUCUUCAGCAUUGCUCCCCUGGUGCAAUUAUCACCUCAGCCAUGGAGAAAUGCCACCUCUGUGCUGUCAUCUGCUUCUUGCCGUCCCUUGCAAGGUCAGCUAGAUGGCCAAGAGACUCUUGGGGUGGUAAUUAGCCAAGUGAUUAGCCAUUAAUCCAUAGCAAGGUGGAAGAGAAAAGAAGUGUGGGGGAAGAAAAUCAGAUUGAUGCUUCAUCUGAGAGCUGGUUUUGAUCCAGUAAUAGCAUCACUCUCUUCUCUGGGUUAAAUUGCUCUGAGGGGACCCUUGUAGGGAAUUAGAUGAGUUUUUCCAGCAUCACCAAGCAGAAAGUGAUCCCUGUUCCCACCUGAGUGCAGGGGUGAGCUCAGGACAGAGGCCACAGUGAAGAACCACGUGCAUCCUGCAGGGAGGGAAUGAGCUGGGGCUGUGCAGGGCUCAGCAGCAGGGCCAGCCUGGGCUGGUCUCUGCUCUGCUGAUGGUGUCACCUGUCCCUUUGUGCCCCAAUUUCCCUCAGAGGGCAGAUUCUGUCAGGCUGGAGUGUCACACGUGAGCUGGGCCACCUCUCUGGGACCCUCAGGCUGCCUCAAGUGAAAAACCCCCUGCUUCUCCCACCCCCCUUUCACCAGAGGUGCUAAGGAGGUGGGAAUGCCCCUGUGGGACUGGGCAAGGGGCGAGUGGGAGCUUCCAGCUGGGAGAGGGAAGCUGUCCUCUCCAGCUCGGUGCUAGGGAGCUGCUGCUCUGCAGGACAUGUCCCAUCUCACACCAGUCCCAAACUGGUGUGGCCCCCAGGGCUGGGUUUCUGCCAGGGGAACCCUCUCACCCUGCUGGGGCUGGGGUCAGAGCCUCAUCACCUGCCCUGGCAGGGAUCCCUGGUGCUUUUCCCUCUUCCCAGCCUCAUCCUGGCUGACAAAGCUCGGGGUACCUCAGAGGGGGUGGGGAGGCUGAGCAGGCAGUGAGAGAGCUCAGUGACCCAAAAUUCAGGUGAAUUUGGGCCAAUCCCCCAUUUCCUUCCCAGUGGGAGUUCAGGGAGCUGGGCAAGCAAACAGAGCUGUGUCACAGCCCACAUGAGCCCCUGCUUUAUGUACAAAGACACCCCAGCUGUUUCCCUGCUGGGGCUUUUCUCUAGCAUUAUUCAUUGCAAUUCACCCUAGUGAUGUUAUUUUCCUUUAUUUAAUUACCAGGUUUGUUGUUUGGUUUUUUUUUUUUUUUUUCCUGUUAAAUCAUUCUCAUUCAAGCAGGGAAAAAAAAAAAAAAACCAACCAACCUGAAGAUUUCCUCAUGAAAUAAAUCAACAAACUGAGAUGGUUGCACCAAAUUGACUGCAAAGACAUGAGGGACAAAGGGAGCCAUUUUCCUGAUGUUGAGUCAAAAAGAAACACAACAACAGUUCAGCAAAAAUCAGGGAGGGUUAGGGAGAGAGAGACUCCCAAGAUUGAUCUGGAGGCAAUCAGAGAAGGGAUUGUGAUUGGAAUGGAGCUGCUGCUCUGCCUGGCCCUUUCCCUUUGCUGUGCACAACCUCUCAUGCACACACACACACAGAUUUUGGGGUUUGGGGAGCAGAUUAGAUGGAGGGGAGAACCCCACUGCCCUUGUGGGGCUCAGCUGGGUCACUCCUGCAGGCUCUGAGUGAGGACAUGGGGUUAGUCCCAGCUUGCCAGCAGGUUCAAACCCAGAAAAAAAACAAACUUAAAAGAAACUUUUAAUUUUCCCUGCAGCUGUGCUGUGGCAGCAGUGCAGUUUGGGCUCUGUGCAGGCUGUGGGGACAGGGGACACUGCCAGCACGGGGUGGCUGCUGCCUGUUUUUACUGUUUUUACUGUGGAACAGCCCCUCAGCUGCCACCCCUUCACCCCAAGGGAACCUGCUGCCACUUUGGGCUUCUCCCUGGGGUGAGCAGGGGGAUCCCUGCAGGGUGGGAAGGUCCUGGCUCCUUCCCAUCCAUCCCAAACUCCCCCAGAGUGGGGCCAAGGGGCUCAGCCCAUCAGCCAGGGGAGGAAAGCCAAGCCUAAAGCUGAGCUUGGGUUUGGGACUGGGGGGUUCCCUGGGUGAAUGUGAGGAGCACACGGGGUCAGGUCCUCUGCUCUUGGUGGAGGGACUCUCCUUGAGGGUCUGCAUUUUCCUUUCUUUGGCCUUUCUCUUUUUUUAAAACAUGAUUCCUCAGCUCCAGUGAUUUUAUCUCUCUUUUUCUUCGUCCUCUGGCUGUAAUGAUCAUUGUGGAAUUGAAACUGCAGACAGACAAACAAACAACCCCAACCCCACUUUUUGUUUUCUUCAAUUUCUUUUUUUUUCUUUUUUUUUUUAUUUUGUAAUCUGUGUUGUAAGUGCUUUUGUAAAAAAUAAAAAAUAAAAAUAAUAAUAAUAAUAAAAUGUAAUGGACUUUCAUGAUUUCGGUUUGGGGUUUUUUUCUGGGUUUUUUAAUUUUCUUUUUUUUUUUUUUUUGAGGAUUUUUUUGGUUUUUUUGUUUUGUUUUGUUUUCCAUCCUUUGUAAUUUGUUCAUUUGGAGUCCUGGGUUGGGGAGGGGGGGAUAUUUUCAUGGUUAUAAUUUGUGUGGGUGGGGUGUUGCAUCACCCUUCCUUUUACUUGUAUAAAAAAACCAAUAGUGGCUGAGCUGUGGAAAAAAAAAAUGUACUUUUUUAUAAAUAAAGAAUUUUAAAAAAAGA